AUGAAUAGAUUGGAUGAACAUUAGCUGCAAUCCUUCAUUAACUCAAGGAUGUAAUUUGGAGAUCUGAAAUACAAGACACUUGUAGAAUCCUUAUUAUUCGAUCAAGACAAUUAGGAAUUAAUUACCAAAAUUUAUCAUAUAUUCCAAAAACACAUCCAACUCUUCUAGAUUCUCAAACAAAAUAACUUAUUGGAAGAUCAUAUAAAUGCUGUAAUUUCUAAGCAAAUUUUGGGUGAUGGCAUGAUAGAGAAGAAAUUAAUUUCCAAUAAGUUUGUGACUGGAUUCUAAAAGUUAUUUGGUUAAAAUCAAUAUGCUUUAGCAUUAGCGACGAUCAAACUGAAGAAUCAUAUGAUCAACACAUUGAGAAACGUAAAUGCGUAAGAUACUGCAAUUGAUGAAUUAUUCAAGGAUAAAGAAAUUCAUAUACAAUUGGAUUUGGAAGAAACUAAAACCUUCAUGACUAAGAUAAAUUAGGAUUAAUAAUUUGAUUUCAUUAGAAAUUAUAUCCACUAUAAUCUAUACAAGAAUUAAAGUUUUGAUUAGAAUCUGAAAUUAUGGAAAAAGAAGUUUUAGUCUUAAAAUAACAAUUUAGUGUUGUCCAACAUCACCAUCUAAAUACAUUUUAUUGAUUGGAUUGAUUAAGUUAAGCAAAUUAUCGAAAGGUUGUGGAUGCCAUAUUGCUCUCACUUAGACGAGAUCCGCUUAGCAGAAACAAAUGAUCCCUUGGCAUUCAAACCAUUGCAAUUCAUAUCAGAUAUAUAUGAGAAGAAGAAAACCAAUUUCUUUAUUAUUGACUCAUUGAUGAAUCACAUUAACAAUCACGAAUACAAUUUUGAUAAGAUAUAAGUGGCUUUUAGUCAUAAGAAUCCUAAAGCGGUCUUAAUCUCCUUCCUUGAACUAUUGGAUUGGUGCAAUGACAUUUAAAAGUGGGAAAAAAUAAUAUUCACUUUGGUGCAGAAUAUCAAAAUGGAAUAUGUAACUACAUAGCCAUACCAAGACUCCUUUAGAGAUGGAGGAUUCGUCAUGGAGAAUUACCUUGAUGCAAUCCUUUAGAACAUCAUUACUCUCUAUGAAAAAGUGGAUCAAUAGAAAGAGAUUAAUUUUUUCGAUGUAGAUUGUUUGGAUGAAUCAAAUUUUGAAGGAGUGUUAUAUGAAAUCAAAAAUGAUGGUUUAGAUUUCUACGAUGACAAACAGUUGAUAUGUGGAUGUGUUACAUUUAAACUUGAAUAGUAGAGUUAAAUGGAUGGUAAAAUUGGACAGGCGAUCAUGGACUUGCCUGCAAUCUAGAAAAUCAAUAUUCAAGUUAGCAAAAUCACUUAAGAGUAUUUGUUACCCUUAUGGGAGAACAAUAAACUCAAGCCAAAGGUGAUCAAACUGGUGCUCUUUAGAAUAGCCCAAUGCAUUAGAAGUGAAACUCAAAAGAAAGACAGGAGUGAAAAUACUAUUCAUCUAUAGUUUUGA